CUGACCCACAGCAGAGCACCACUACUAUCAUCAUCAUCAUCAUCAUCAUGUUCAGCUGGACCAGCCUGCUCUUCGUACUCUGCAGCAGCCUGACUCCUGUCCUCUGCUGUGAUUGGCUCACACAGUACGCUCACCUGAGCAAUACCUCUCUGAAUCACAUCCGCCGCAUGGGUGGUCAGCUGACUGAUCAGGAGAGUCCAGUUCCCUUUCCAGAGAAACUCUACAGCAGGAUCAGUAAUGAAACGGUGGAGUCUCAGUUGGUUUUCAUCAGAGACAGUCUGGAGCUGAUUUCUGAUCUGUAUCAGCAUGACAACCUGUCCUCUGCUACCUGGGAUACCAUCGAGACUGAACACUUCCUGACUGUCAUCGACCGCCAGAUAGACGGACUCAACACGUGUGUAUCGACUAACAGCUCAGCAGACAGCAGGCUGAGGAAAUACUACAGGAGGCUGGAGACGUGUACUGUGUACCGCACUGGUGGCAGUACUGUGUCCUGGGAGCUGAUCCGGAAGGAAACUAAACUGCACCUGGAGCGGUUGCACAUGCUGGUGGCGUCCAUCAGGAGGCGCUCUCAGCAGCAGCUCUGA